GCAUUUCUUGGGUUUUAUGGCGUUUAUAGUCAAUUUAUAGCACCCGAAGCGUCAUCACGAAGUUGGGUUAUGUCAGUCAAAACACUUUUGUGAUGCUCCUAUAUAUACCACAUCAGUGUCUCUACUCCUGAUCAGUCGACAAUAGAGACUCUGAGAGCGAUGAGUGCAGCCAAAUCUAUCCAGCAGAUUAACGAGGAGUUCCUCGAUGAUCUGGCCAGUCGGUUUAUCAUCAACGUACCUGAAGAGGAGCGGGCAAAUCUCAUCCGGAUUUGCUUCCAAGUCGAGCUGGCUCACUGGUUCUACUUGGACUUCUACUGUGGCGGCGAAGAUGACCGUGGCGUGUCGUGUACACUCAAGCAAUUCGCCCUGCAGAUCUUCCAGCACGUGCCCUUCCUGCGCGUCCGUCUGCCACAGCUGGACGAGAUCCUGGACAACUGGAAGAAGUACAAGCUGUCCGUCCCCACAUACGGUGCUAUCCUCGUAUCCGAGGACCUCAACCACGUGCUCCUGGUGCAGUCGUACUGGGCGAAGAGUAGCUGGGGCUUCCCCAAGGGAAAGGUCAACGAGAACGAGUCUCCGGCACACUGCGCCGUCCGGGAAGUGUUCGAGGAGACGGGCUUCGACAUUUCGCACCUCAUCCAGCCGACCGACUUCUUCGAGAGCACCUUCAACGAUCAGUUCACGCGACUCUACGUCGUGGCAAACGUGCCCAGAACGACCAAAUUCAUCCCGCGGACGCGCAAUGAGAUCAAGUGCUGCGAGUGGUUCCCCAUCGAGCUUCUGCCCAGCAGUAAGACUGAGGACACCAAGGCGACGGUGGGCUUCAACGCCAACUCAUUCUUCAUGAUCCUGCCGUUCAUCAAGCGCCUCAAGAAGUGGGUCCACUCGCGCCAGGAGAAGAACGGGAAGACGCAGCCGUCAAAGUGCGACAGCAAGAAGCGACAGCGACACAAGUCCAUGGGGGAGAUCGACAGCGUCUGGGCCACCGCCGAGGGAGCGCCAACACCAGUGGUGAAGCGCGACAAGGCGCCCAAGGCGAACCCAAAGCGCCAGCUCUUCGGCAUCGACGCCACGCCGGAGGGCAGUCCAAGCGUAGUGGCCAGGAGCACCCCGCUCAAGGGCAAGACCAAGGAAGGCACCAAGAAGCCAAUCCGCGAGCAGUUCCUGGUGACACCUUGUCGGGAAUGGGACAACUUCCGAUUCGACAUCGCUCGAAUUUGCGAUCCCAAAGUAAUCUUCUAA